AUGCGUCUCUCCAGCGUCCUUCCCACCCUCGCAGCCGCGGGCAUGGGCAUGGCCGCACCCACGGAACUCGAGCAAGGACAAGACGCAAACUUCAAGCGCGAGAUGCUCGCCGCGCACAACUUCUUCCGCGGCCAGCACAGCGCGGAUCCCCUCUCCUGGAACCCCGAUCUCGCAAAAAAGGCUCAGGACUGGGCCGACACCUGCAACUGGGCCCACGAUAGCGCCGGCGAGAACCUCGCGUCCGGCACUGGCCUCGCCAGCUGGGGCAGCUUCGUCAACCUGUGGGGAUCCGAGCGGACAGAGUACGACUGGGCAAGCCCGGGCUUCUCCAUGAACACCGGCCACUUCACGCAGGUUGUGUGGAAGAAGACGCGGUCCGUGGGAUGUGGAUGGAACAAGUGCCGCGGCGGCCAGGCAAAGGCCAACGGCCACUACAUUGUGUGCAAGUACGAUCCUGCUGGCAACUACAUCGGCCAGUUUGCCGACAACGUGGGCGAGCAGACCGGGGGUAAGCCCACCGACGUGUGGCAGCAGUAA